ACUGACCGCCGCCGCCGCGACAUAUUGUUUAAAAAAAACAAUAUUUUUAUUCUGUGCGCGAAGUGGCGCGAAUUUCGAUUUACGCGCCUAAAAUAUAUGAAAUUUACUGCAUGUUUUAUUAAUCGUAUGUUUACAUGAAAAGUGUAUCUUUAUGAGUGAUUAUUGAUAUAUUGUGUGACUGAUUUAGCUAUAAAUUUAUGUAUGGUGUAAUAAAUAUAUUACCGCCUUUAAAUAAUUGUCAAAGCGCUUUGAUCUAUUUUAACCAUACAAAAUUAAAACAAACAAUAUUUGGAAUUAAUAUUACGAAUAUUGCCUGAUAGAACCUUUUAUGGAUAGUACGAAGUGCAAUUAAAAUCGUAUUAAAAAGAUCAGUCGUAUAAACGUUAGUAUUGAUUGUAUAGUUUGAGUCAGAGUAAAGUGAGUUGUGCAAAAUGAAGGACUUGGCUCAGAUAUGGAACAAGUUUGCGGGAAGACAGUACGCCUCAGUGAACUCUGCAGAAAAAGAACUCAGGGACCUGUCACAUAACAGGCUAAAGAGAGCAGACAUCGAUGUGUCCAGUUUUGAGCAGAACUUUUCAGAGUGCGAGGGACUGAACUACAAGUUCACGGAGGAAUUGGACUUUGCCGACAGGAAGGAUGCCAUUAUAAACAGAUUGUUUGAAAGACGAAAAAAAGGACAAAUCGCUAGACAGCCUAAAUGUCUGUUCCUGUUCCUCAUGCUAGGGUUCUUCUCGCUCGGAGCGGCGUGUUUCAUUUUGUUCCUGCGACCUUACGACUUCUUCUUCAGUCAGAAAGCGAUCCUGGAAGAGGGCGGGGAGAUAUUCGAGAUGUGGCGCAAGCCCGAGGUGAAGCUGUACUGCCGCGUGUAUCUAUUCAACGUGACGAACGCGGAGGAGUACAUGGCGGGCAAGCACGACAAGCUCAAGCUACAGGAGGUCGGCCCCUACGUCUACAGAGAGCGGCUGGAGCACGAGGUGGUGCAGUUCAACGAGAACGGCACGCUGUCCGCCAUCCCGCGACACCCGCUCGCCUGGGAGGAGGAGCUGUCCGAGGGCAACAAGGAGGACGAUGUAGUCUACAUGCCGCACAUCGCACUACUGAGCAUCGCGAACGUGGUGUCGAAGCAGAGUUUCAUGACGCGCUUCGGACUGAACAACCUGAUAUCUCUGACGAACACGCGGCCGCUGGCGCGCAUGACCGCGCGCGAGUUCAUGAUGGGAUACAGCUCCAAGCUGAUGACCCUCGGCAACACCUUCAUGCCGGGAUGGAUAUACUUCGACAAACUCGGCCUCAUCGAUCGGAUGUACGACUUCGAGGGCGACUACGAGACGAUCUUCACCGGCACUGACGACGUCACCAACUCCGGCCUCAUCGACACGUACCGCGGCUCCACGCAGCUGCCGCAGUGGGAGGACCGCCAUUGCUCCAACGUGCAGUUUGCUUCCGACGGCACCAAGUUCAAGAGCGGCGUCUCCCACAACCAGUCCAUUCUCUUCUACAGGAAGAGUCUCUGCAGGGCCGCGCCUCUGAUUCCCGUCGGCGAGGGCGUGAGAGGCGGUCUCAAGGGCUUCAUGUACACGUUCCCGGAGCACAUGCUCGACAACGGCAAGAACAUUAAGGAGAACAAAUGUUUCUGCAGAAAAGGUAAAUGUCUGCCGGAGGGUCUGAUCGACGUGACGGACUGCUACUACGGCUUCCCCAUCGCCCUCUCUUACCCUCACUUCUACAAGGGGGACGACGUCCUCUUCAGCAAAGUGGAGGGCCUCACCCCCAACAAGGAGGAUCAUGAAACUCGGUUUUGGAUUCAGCCGGACUCGGGUCUCCCUCUGGACGUGAGCUCCAAGUUCCAGAUCAACAUGGCGCUCGACGACAUCUCCAUGAUCACAAACACCGAGAGGUUCUCCAACAUGUACCUGCCCAUGCUCUGGUUCGAUAUCAGAAUGUACAGUUUGACGCCCUCGUUGGAGCAAAGGUUCAACUUGUACCUGAACGUGCUCCCCGUCGUAGAGAAGUGCGCGAUGUACUUCUGCUUCAUCAUCGGCGCCGCUCUCAUCCUCAUCACCACCUACAUUCUCACCUUCAAGAUCAUGUUCAAAAAUUACAACAACGGCCAAAACAGAAAAUGUAACUUCAACUUCAAAACUAACCUUUGGUUCAAUCAGGAGAAAACGAAAAGCAAAAAGUCCUGCGGCGAUUCGGUGUACGCGCCCUGCGAGAUUCCUCUCCACGACACAGAAUCCGACAACUCCGAUCCACAAUUCGACGAUAAGAAGCCCGGCUUCAUAAAAUCUCACAGCGAGAAAAUCAAAGAGCUGAGCAACAAACUGUCCGACAAAGUCCACGGCUCCGUCGGAAACGUUAAAGGUUCCAUCAGAGGUGAACUGUCUCAAGUGAAGAAAGCGAUCAACGAACGGAAAAAUUCUCUGAUAAAUCCGGAGGCGGAGAGGAGCGACUCCGGCGAGGAGUACUCACACUACAAACCUGUCAACCAAAGCGACAGCGACGAAGAAUGCAAGUAUCUGGAGGUGAUCGACGACGGCAGCGACUUCGACGACGCCUCCGUCCUCUCCGCCCACAAGAAUCAACUCUACAUAAACAUCGGCUGACUCUACGACUUAUAUCAAAUCUUGCCAGAACCAGACUCUUGUCGUUCCAAGUGAAUGUGGACCGAUUUCUUUACAUAGUUCGGUUUCCUCUUAGUGUUUGUACGACGUUAGCAUUUAACUAUUUAACCAAAUAUAGAUUGUCGUGUUCGCUUCCAAGUAACUGAAUAUUCAUCUGAGUGAAAUGAUGCAAAUCAGUCAGUCGUCAGAUUUAUUGAAGGCUUAACUGUGUCGAGUGAAUUUGUGUCGGACUAAAUAUUUUCAUGCGCUCUUUGUUGGAUGAGAGGCGACAUCUUGAACUGCGCGGACGAUUUGGUGAACUGAAUAUUUGGUUUUACAAAUAUUAGGGAGCUUCAUAUUUAUUAUAUUAGUUUUAGUGUUAGCACAAGUAGGCGCGGAUCGUGUCGGAGCCGUUUCUACUCGGGCCGUUAUCUACCUGAUGUAGUUUUAGUGUAUUAUUUUAAAUAGUAUAUCCGUUGUGUAGAUUAAACUAUCUCGCUCAGUAAGUAUUAAGAGUUAGACACUUCGUUAUGCAAGGCGAUGUAAAUCUUCUAAACUCGUCGAUUUUAGUCGCUAAACGAGUACUGCCAUGCGAUGUCAUAGAUGACCCGGCGCGCGUCGCCGACAUGUGCAACGUUAUUUUCGCGACGCAACCUUACAAUAUUAGUAUGGAGAAUUUCCUCGCCUUGUGUACGCAGGGUCUUACACUUUGCUCAGUUAUUACACGUAUAAGAGGAUUGUAAUGGUAAGCGACAUGAUUACUGUGAUUUUGUAGUUCUUCUGUGAAUCUGUUUGUAUGUGAGAGUGAGCAGCGAGCACUGAGCAGUGAGCAGUGAACACUGAGCACUGAGCACUGACCACUGAGCAGUGAGCACUGAGCACUGAGCAGUGAGCACUGAGCAGUGAGCAGUGCUUGUAUAAAUUCAUUAAAACAGCAUGUAGCAAUAACAUGAUGGUUUAUCUUUAGCAGUGGACAUUAGGAGGAUUUAAUUGAAUGAACCUGAACAUAAUUAUGAGUUUUUUGAAACAUGACGUAUGUACAAAUAAUUAGCUAGUGAUAGUUACAUUCACAUUCAUGUGUGAACAUAACAUUAUACAUACAACAUGUUUAUAAUUCAACGUUUUGUCUAAUAAUUUGUUUAUUUAACAUGGGAUUUUAAAGAAUACAUUUUCGUUCGUUCUUUAGGUUCGUUCAAAUUAAUUAGUAAAAAAAAUUUAUGCUUACUAAUUGUACGAUGUGAUCAUUACUUAAUUAAUACUCAAAUGAUAUAAAUUUAUUAUAUAAUUAUAUUUAAGAAAUGAAUGAUGCUAGUUAUACGUGUAUUUUUAUAUGUCAUGACAUUCCUUGGCCUUAUUACUUGCCUUUACGUGUCAACUCAACUGUACAUACAUCGACUGUUUAUAUUUCUUGAUAACAACUUCAGUUAUUAGUCGAUGUCGAUGUUAUGUUAAUGCCUAACUAUUUCCUGUGUGAUAUAUCUACAUGUCUUAUAAAAUAUCGUAAUUCUUAAUUAUCUAGAUAUAGUCAAUAUAGUUAUAGAAAAGAUGGAUGGUGCUCGGUAUAUUUCGCACUUGGUUCAUUCCAAGCGUACCGUGAUGUUUAAAAAUUAAAGAAAUCAAAAACUGAAA